AUGGAUAUUUGUCAAAUUGAGGUUCAUUGUGCAAGCCUAUCCAUUGCGGAGGAGGAGGUGUCUGGCCUGGAGGCACCGGAUCCCCCGCCUUCGAGCGAUUCGACAAUUCACCAUUGUAUGGUUGGGCGAUUUCUUAAAGAUCGUCCGAUUAAAUUUGACCACAUGCAACAGGUUCUGGCAUCGGUAUGGCGACCGGUGAUGGGGAUGCAGGUGGAGGCACUAACGGAUGAGCUGUUUCUCUUCCGUUUCCCCCAUUCAAAGGAUCUACAGAGGAUUCUCGACGAUGGCCCUUGGUCGUUUGAGAAUCACACGCUAGUGUGCGAGCGCGUACAUCCAGAAUUGAGGCCCGAGGAUGUCAAUUUGGAUUCCGUCGCAUUUUGGGUGCAAGUCCACGGGUUAUCGGCGAUGUAUGCAUCAUCGGAAUUCCUGACCCGUAUCGGCGAUUACCUAGGUUCAUUUGUGGCGAUCGAUUCCAUCAAUUUCGGCGGAUCGUGGAAAAGCUUUUUUCGGAUCAGGGUUAAGAUGUUGAUUGCAAUGCCGCUGAAGAGACACAUGAAACUGGUGCGCAAGGAUGGAUCCACUCAAUGGAUCAAUUUCCGCUAUGAAAGACUGAAUGCGUUCUGUUUCUGCUGCGGGAUUUUGGGUCACAUUGAUAAGUUCUGCAGGAAGGCUUAUGAAAAUGGUAUUUCCCCUGAGUCGUUCCCGUUUGGUAGUUGGAUGCGGGCCGGACUGCGGAGGUAA